AUGGCGGCCACCAACCGAAUGGGUGGUGGCCACCAUCAAGAAAUUAAGGUCCCGGACUGGAGGAUAUACAAGGUCGCAGAUGCUCCUAAACUCGCCGAAGUCGAGCAGAUGCUUGCAAGCAAAGGCUUAAAAGAUCCAUGGCUUAGGAAUGAGGUGUGGAGGUACCACCCAGGUUAUGGCACUCCCAAGCAUCGCUUUAUGCUCACCUUUUUCCGAGGGUUCAAGUAUGGCUUUGCUGCAUUUGUGCUGACUGUCGCUGGACGGACAGCGUACGAGCAUUACUACCCAGAUGAGCAUGCACACCAUUGA